UAACUUCUCCAAAGUUUCAAUCAACCAGCGCUAGUGCAUGACGGGAUAUUCAAAAUGGCUGCCGUUGAAGUUUUUUUGGCGACGUUUGUUUGUUUACAAAUUGAAAAGUCGUAAACGUUUAAAUCCGAGAUAAGUUGGAGGUCGAUUUUGGUCAAGAUGUUUCAGAGACGACCUGGAGUCGGCACGUCGUCCGUUCUCGAGCGCGCGAGGGCUCAGCUACGGGGAGAAAAGCCGCCGCCAGCCGCGAGCAGUUUGGUACGCUCGGGCGGCGGUUCAACGAGAGCCAGUUUCCAGUACGAUGACCAGGAUUCUGCCCCGUCCGAGGCGUCCAGUGAUCAGGAGUUAGGCGCCUACCUCAGCAGUCUGAACAAGAAAACGACACAGAAGAAGACCUUUGACCUUACCCAGGCCAGCAGUGACCUCAGCGACAAGUCCAAGUCUGACGAUGGCGGAGACGGCAAGACGAACAUCACGGGAGGAGCCAGCCGCUUUCUCAAGAAGAAACCGAAAAAGAACGGGGGCACGCAAGAGUCCUUACAGAAGAGUAUGGGUCAGGGGUCAAGUGGUGCAGAGACAUCAUCACUACAGAGAAGAGAAGGAGUAGCAAGUAGACCAUCUGCUCUCUCAAGAGCUGCAGAACUGAAGGAGAGAAUCAUGCAGCGACAACCCAAGGUUCAGAUUGACGACUCUGACCUUGAGAUGGCUCUCAGUCUCAGCUCUGACCUUGACAGUGAACAAGACUUGAAGAAGUUUCUGGAAAAGCCUCCCAAGUUGUCGUCAACCGGGAAGGACCUCAAGAAGACAGCUGAGGAGUCUUUACUGACUAAAGACUCCUUAGAGCCAGAUACCCCAGAUUCUGAAGCUGGGAGGGCUGGCUCACGCUUUCUUAAGAAAAGUAAGACCUCACAACAAGGACAGGACACUGGUGGAGAAAACAGGUUCUUGAAAAAGAAACCAGCAAAGAAGGAAGAAAAUGACAUAAUAGACAGAGGAGGGACAUUCCAGUUCACUUCCAAGAUGCAUUUUGAGAGUGACGACGAGGACAUCCAGCAGUAUGUGCACAAACUGCAGCAGGCCCAGGAGUCACCCCCAGCCUCCAUCAGUCAACACUCUUCCCACAGGAGUAGUACAGAUGUCUCAGAGCCCAAGUCUCUGGAUGAUUUCCUGCCCAGUGAUGUCCCAGAGGAGGCCAGUCUGGCAGAGAGUAUAGCAGAGGACAGUCUGUCAGUUGGUGGUCCAACCGUACACAUCAUGAGUCUUGAUGACUUAGCUCCAGCAGUGGACAUCGCACCGAAACCAAAGCCACGGACUACAAAAACAAAACCUUUAGAGGAUAAAAGAUCUGACACCAGGCUUAGAGAUCAAACAUUACACACUGUUGAUGAACUGUUAGAAGAUGACAACUCAGUAAAGUCAGAGAAGAGUUUAUCUGAGAAAACAGUCACAGAAUCAAUCUCAGAGAACAUAGGUGCACAUCUGAAUCUUCACACCGUAGAUGAACUUCUAGGACACAGCGUAUCAGACAAAAGCGACAAAUCUGAGAGCACGCAAAGUCGACCCAAACUUCAAGGGUUACACACUGUUGACGAGCUGCUUAUGUCAACUUCAGAAAAAAGAGAACAAAAUGGAGACGCCCACAGCUACGAGGACGACUUUGAUACUGAGGUGCCAACAGAGUCUAUAUCAGAAAGAGUUGGCAGCAAACACGAGGCUGAGGUACUCGCAGAUGAUACAUAUUCAGAAAACUUUGAAGAGGGAAGUGGGACCGAAUCAUCUAAGACAUUCUCUGAACAGACAGUCACAGAAACACCAAGCAAGUCUGCAAAGUCUGAGAAGUCUUACACAGACAUUUCAAGGAGUGACAGAAGUAGAAGAAGCAGAUCUUCUAGGAAGACAGACAGUGAAGAUUCCUACAGUGAGUCCACCAGAAGUAGAACCCUAACAGAUAGCUAUGAUAGUCGGACAAGCCGUACCAAAAGUCGAACUCCUCCCAGAAAGUCUGUUAAGGCUUCAGAUGUUGGCGUUCAAACCUCAGUACAGGACCAGUUGGGACUGGCACACCAGUGGACAGCAGAGUCUGGUUAUGCAGUCCUGGGCCCACAGUAUGGUGCUGGGUACACAGACCCCACACCAGUAGCCACACAUGUUGUCAACCCUGAUGCUUUAGAAGCCAUGACCAGCUACAGUCCCAGUGUCCUGGCGCUGAAUGACUUACUGCGGCAGCAGCUGCAGCUAACGCAGCAGUUUGUAACCAACACCCGCAGACUGCACGAGUUCUACAUCAACUCCCUACAGGCUGACCACAGCUACACCACUCUGCAGGACACACUACAGUUUAUCCAGGAGCAUCGACGUCCUGUUCUAACCAUGGAGGAGGCUCUACAACGAGUACAGAACAGCACAGAUGGCAGAUGACACAUCCACACAGCUCUGGACUUAUAAGUAUACAAAAUUUAGAAUCACAGAGAGUGUACAGGUGGCAGGGAAGGCUUUGAAAAUCAAUAGAAGUGAUGUUGCUGGUAUUUUAUAUGUGUUUCUUCACUAAAUGUGCCAAUUUUAGGAGAAAUGAGGAGGAAAUCCAAAUAAAGGAAUGACGGAGGAGAUGAGAAAUAUUACUGACUCCUGUUGUUUU